AUGGCAUCUGUACCUGUCAUCCGCAUCGGCUAUGUGCCUGAGCACUACCUGACCCCACUCCACCUCGCUCUGCGCUCCCAGGCCAUUGCCUCACUGCCAUUUAAGGUUGUCGCGACUCCAUUCCCAUCUGGAACGGGUCAUAUGAUCACAUCGCUCCGCAGCAACGAAAUCGAUAUUGGAAUCGGUUUGACUGAAGGCUGGGUCGCUGGUCUCACCGGAAAGCAACAAGCACAGGACAGCGGAGAUGGAGGAUACAAGAUUAUUGGCCAAUGGGUGGAAAACCCUCUACGAUGGGCAAUUGUCACAGGACGCAACCGUAGCGAGAUCAACGGUGUACCAGAUCUGAAGGACUCCAGAGCUGGAGUUAGCCGCCUCGGAAGUGGCUCCCACAUCAUGUCAUUCGUUCUUGCGCAGCAGCAAGGAUGGAACCCUGAUGCCUUGUCAUUUGUCCCUCUGGGCCCCUUCGGCUCUCUACGGAAUGGCGUUACUGGCGAAGAUGAGACCAAGCCAGACGAAGCCCCCAAUCCUACUUCUGAGUUCUUCAUGUGGGAACACUUCACCACAAAGCCUUACUUCCAUCCCACGGAUGAGAAGCUCAACCCCCCCACUGAAGAAGAUCGGGGAGAUCUUUACUCCUUGGCCCUCAUGGAUGAUGAGCGCGAUGACCGUCUCACGCAGCUAUUCCAUGCCUUAGACCUGGGAAUCAGGAAUUUCGAGGCUGAUACCGAUAAUGUGGUGAGACUUCUGGGUACUGGAGAGCUUGGCUGCACAUACAUCAAGGAAGAUGCCACGGAGUGGCUCAAGGAUGUUAAGUUUGUCAAUCAUAUUCGUGGAGUUGAUACCGAGGUUAUCAAGGGUGUUGUGGAUGUGCUCAAGGUGGCCGGAGUUAUUGAUUCGGCACUGAAUAAUGAUGAGGCUGCUAAGCGGGUCAUUGGCAUUCACCGGGACUGA